GGCGAGAUGGGUAAAGCUGUAUCAGUUGAUGUGUCGGCACUAACACCACACGAAAAAGAAAAAUACGACGAAAUGUUUAAAAGAAACGCCUUUAAUGAAUACAUUAGUAAUAUGAUUUCCCUACAUCGGUCACUGCCAGAUAAAAGACAUGAGAGCUGCCUACAAAAAGAUUAUGGAGAAAACCUACCAUCUACUAGUAUCAUUAUAUGUUUCCACAAUGAGGCAUGGUCUACUCUUUUGCGUACUGUCCAUAGUGUGUUCGACAGGUCGCCACCGUCUUUGAUAAAGGAGAUAAUUCUUGUAGACGAUGGGUCAGAUUUGGAUCACUUAAAACAACCAUUAGAAAGUUACAUCUUCAAAUAUAAUAAAAUACGCCUGAUCAGACUACAACAACGAGAGGGGUUAAUACGAGCAAGGCUAGUAGGAUUUGAUGCAGCAACCGCCCCAGUGGUUACCUUUCUUGAUUCUCAUGUCGAAUGUUUAGUAGGAUGGCUUGAACCAUUACUUCAUAGAAUUAAAAAUUCAAGCGAGAACGUGGUGUUUCCCACAUUGGAUAACAUUGAUGAUUUAACGUUCGAAUAUGGCGAAGCUGUUAUUGACAUGGUCGGGGCAUUUCAUUGGAAAGACAUGACCUUUACAUGGGUAAAAGUACCACGUGACAUUUGGGAAAUUAGGCGAGAGAUGGCCGAACCGCUACGAUCACCAACCAUGCCAGGUGGUAUUUUCAGUAUUUCAAGAGAAUUCUUUAUAAAACUGGGUACCUACGAUUCUGGGUUGGAAACAUGGGGAGGUGAAAAUCUUGAACUAUCAUUCAAGAUCUGGAUGUGUGGUGGCAAUCUUGAAAUGUUACCAUGUUCUCGAGUUGCUCACAUAUUUCGUAGUGCUUCUCCAUACAGUUGGCCUAAAGGUGCUCUGACAACCUGGAGAAAUGUUAACCGAGUAGCAACAGUUUGGAUGGACGAAUACCAACAGUUCUUCAAAGAUUUUUACAACAUUCAGAUAGAUAUUGGCGAUUUACGUAGCAGAAUUAGUUUGAGAGAAGAUUUAAAUUGUAAGUCAUUUAAAUGGUAUGCUAGUAAUAUUUUGAAUGAGUACAUGUAUAUACCUACAGAUGCCCUAUCCGUGGGCGAGAUCAGGUCGGCAGUCACAAAUGCAUGUUUUGAUAGUCUAGAUCACCAAGGUGCAUUAAAAGUGUACACUUGUCAUGGAGUCGGUGGAAAUCAGGUAAGGAAUUUGAUACGAUUGAAAUAUACCAAUAUUCUUGUCACAUCACAGCUUUUGACCAUAUUUUCAUUAUAA